CUACUCCCUCUCUCAUUCAUUCACGAUACCUUCUCCUCUUCCAAAAUCUGAGAACCAUCUUCCUCUCUCAUUCAAGAUAGAAAGGAACAAGAAAGAAACAAAGGAAUUUGUAGAACGAAGGAGAAAGAUGAAGAAGCAAGGGAAGAAGAAGGGAAACAUAAACCUAAUCCCCUUUUCUCUAGUUAGUCUCCUCAAUCGACUGUUGUUGAUUUAUGUUGAUUUCGCUUUCGUUUUCGAACCAUGUUUAGGAUUUGUUUGAUCCGCAAUUUAAUUUCCGGUAGUGUAAUCGUUCCUUCAUUUAAAUUGCAGUAAUGUAAUGUCUGUUUCUGGGUUCAUCUCGUUGUGAAAAGGUCUGGGAUGGUUCUUACCGCAACUAAGAUUGCAGAUGUUACCGCAACUUAGAUAUCAGACACUACCGCUACUAAGAUUGUGGACGUUACCGCAACUUUGAUAGCGGACGCUACCGCUGUUUAGAUUGCGGACGCUACCGCUACUUAGAUUGCAGACGUUACCGCAACUAAGUUUGCGGACGUUACCGCCAUUUAAGUUGCGGUAGCAAUAAAACAUCCGCAGUUUAAAUGACGGAUCGAACCACAACCCAUAUCCUAGAUCCUAGAUUUACGCGAAAAACAGUAAAAAUCCCAAAAUCACACCUUUUUUGAGCUUCUAUUCUUCUCUUGAUCUUACCACCGACAAUUACACUAAUUUGAAGCUUCAAAUACCUCUAAGGCGUGUGAUGGAUUGAUUUAGAAGAUGAAAUAGGGAUGAGGAAGGUGAAAGUGGAAGAGGAAAAAGGAAGAAUGUGAGGUUAGGAGAAUUUUUUUUACUACUAUUGAUGUUUUCUAUGUUGGGGGUAUCUUUGGGAUUAAAGAAUAAGGGGAUCGUGUAGAUAGUACAAAUAGUCUUGGCCUAAAAACUCACUCUACAGAACAGACUACAGACACCACCAUAAACACGUCUGGGUUUAUCUCCCAAGUAGCAACUCGAAUACAAUUUAGGGUUUAUGUUUUGCUUUGUGUGUGGAUGGAAAGCAGGACCAGUAAGAUACACUUUUUGGAUUAUCUAGGAAAGAUAUGGCCGAUUUGAUUAGCAGCUUACCAGACUCAAUCCUCUGCCAUAUACUCUCUUUUCUCCCAACCAAGCAAGCUGUUGCCACAAGCGUUCUCUCGAAGCGAUGGAUGCCUCUAUGGCGUUCAGUCCCCACUCUGGACUUCGAUGACUACAACAAUCAUACACAUAUCAAAGAGGAUAUUGAUCGUUUUAAUCAGGCCGUGUAUGCAGCCAUCCUCUCCCGAGAUCUGCAUCACCCUAUCCACAAAUUUCGUCUCGAUUCCUCUUACUCUGAUCCUGCCACUGUCAGUGAUUGGGUUCAUGCUGUUGUGCAACACAGACUUCAACACCUUGAUCUCUCGGUCCUCCGUUGCCUCUAUGCUCAACAACCCCCUAACUUGUCUUCCAUCUUCACUUGCAAAACUCUCGUCGUUCUCAAGUUGCAUCGCACCAAGUUGGAACCUAUUUCCGCUGGCUCUGUUGAUUUACCUUUCCUUAAACUCCUCCAUCUACAACAUUUGAGGUUCUCAAAACGUGCAUGUCUCGCCGAGCUUCUUUCUGGAUGUCCAAUUCUUGAGGAUUUUAAAGCAAAAAGUUUAUUUUUUCUUCAAGAUGUCGCUGAUACAGAGUUUAAAACAUUACCAAAGUUGCUCAGAGCAGAACUUCCUGCGAGAAUUGCUGAUUUUUUGCUGGGAGUGGUUAGCAAUGUCAAGUUUUUGCACAUAGAUGAAAUUGAUGGUAGUCUUGGUGAAGGCACAAAACCCUACGUUUUCCCCAUGUUUCACAAUUUAACCCAUCUUGAGCUUGAAUAUAGAUGUUACAAUGAUAAUUGGUCUCAGGUGGUGGAAUUGCUCCAGCAUUGCCCCAUGCUUCAAGUUCUCGUCAUUAACCAGCCAUUGUUUCAUCACUUGAUGAAUGGGAUCAAUGAGGAAGUAGGUGAUUGGCAACACCCACAAUCUGAUACUGAAUGCAUUUUGGUACACCUUAAAAGAUGUUAUCUAAAUGGUUUUAGAGGCAAACCAGUUGAGUUUCAAUUUGCAAGAUAUAUAAUGCGGAAUGGAAGAGUAUUAGAGAAGAUGAGAAUAUGCAGUCACAGCUCGGUAAAACAACGGGAAAGGCAUAAGAGUUUAAAAAAAUUAUCCUUACGCACAAGGCGCUCUGCAACUUGUAGACUUUCCUUUAAAUGAUAAAAAUCAAGAUUUGUAAGUUACAAGUAGUUUCUUCAUUUCUUCCUUUUAACUUGCAGCUUGCUACAAUUAUAUGGCCUUUGUCUUUAUUUGAUAGUUGAACUUGUUCUGUACUGAUGAAUAAUCGUAAAUUUUAGAUAUAAUGCUCAAUUAUGCAAACCUCUGUGUGUGAGGUAGGUGUAAA